AUGGGUGCCUCUGUCCUCAUCGUCGGUUCUGGACUCUCAGGCCUGGUUCUUGCUCUAGCACUCUUGCGCAACGGUGUAUCCGUCCGAAUCAUCGAUAAAGCACCAAAGUUUGGCGUCGGCCAACGCGGGUGCGGAAUCCAGCCUCGUACACUCGAACUCUACAAGAUUCUCGGGAUUCUUCCUCAAGUGCUAGAGCUUGCUCGCCCUGUCCCAAUCAUACAUCUACACUCCUCUCCCGAGGGAAACAAUCCCCCGAAGAUUUUGGAUCUCAACGCCGCAAUGGAAAACACGCCACUGUAUCCAUGCAUUAACCCUAUGAUCUUGGGUCAAGAUCGUCACGAAGAACUCAUUCGCUCGUACCUACGCCAAGAGUACAAUUGUGAAGUCGAACUUGCCACAGAGCUAGUCUCAUUCGAGCAACAAGCGACGUGUAUCAUUGCUCACCUUUCUCAUGGGGGUGGAACAACAGAAACCGUUGUAUCGGACUGGUUGGUCGGGACUGAUGGCGCGCAUAGCACCGUCCGCAAGCAGCUUGGUUUGACAUUUAUGGGAGAAAGUCGAACUUCAGAUAGUCUUGUAGUCGGUGAUGUUCAUGUGAAAGGUGGGUUGGGGGACAGGGAGCACUGGCCCUUUUGGGGAAAUGAUUUCGUUCGCAAAGUUGUAAGCUUGCGACCCUUCGAAAUCAAGGACGACGACAGAUACAAUUUUAUGAUGGGGGGUCUAGACAUUGAUCACGAUAAAGUCGCUUCGAGUCGAGAGGAACUUAUCAAGCUCUUUUAUGAAGUCUCCGGAAGAAGGGACGUCGAGUUCGGGGACCUGAUAUGGAUGGGUAUUUGGAGGCCGAACAUUCGUAUGGUUGACAAGUUUGGUAAAGGAAGGGUCUUCGUUGCUGGAGAUGCUGCGCAUGUCCACCCUCCCGCCGGAGGUCAGGGGAUGAACUCAGGCGUUCAGGACUCGCUCAACCUUGCAUGGAAGCUCGCCCUUGUGCAGAAGAACAUAGCGCCCGUGAGCAUCCUCGAGUCGUAUACGCAGGAAAGAAUGCCAGUCAUUGCGUACAUGCUCAAUAUGACGGAUGGGUUGAUUAAAUCGACGAUGAAAGAGGGCGGCACUGGUGAAGGGUUUUCUCGAGAUUUCAACCUCCGACAGCUCGGUGUCAAUUACAGAGGGAGUACCCUCGUCGUUGACGAGAAACAUACGAGACGAGGUGAAUUCAUUGACCCUUACCGAUCAGGCGAAGAUGGGACUGUUCGAGGAGGGGAUAGGGCACCAGACGCACCCGGUCUGGUCGCGGUCAACGAUGACUCCAUAUCGACGAGUCUAUUCGAGAUUUUCCAGUUCACCUGUCAUACCGUCCUCAUUUUCUCCGACCCGAAGGAUGAUCAGUCGGACAUCCUGAACAUAUCCACGUCGUAUCCUCAGGGUCUCGUUCAGAGCGUAGUUAUCUACCCGCAAUCAACGACGCCACCUUCCAUGCUGGCGGUGCACCGACUAGCUGAUCAUGUAUUUGCCGACCGAGAUGGAUUCGCAUACAAGAACUACAACAUCGUUGGUUCGGACGCUACCAAAGUCGUUGUAGUAAGGCCUGAUGGAUACAUUGGCGCAUUAAUAAGUGGCGCAGAUAGUUUAGCGAGCUACUUCGGGGCUAUCUUUUUAGGGCAGACCAUGUUUUGA